AUGAGCAGCUCGGAAGAAGAAACAGGAGAAUCAAUAGAAUCAAUAGAAGGGCUUGUGAAGGGCAGAGAGAAAAGAAUAACAGCAGGGAAUCGACUCCAGGCAUUAUUGGAUGAAGAAUUUGUAGCAGAAUCUAUUUUUGAUGUUACGGACGAACAGGACGAGGAUUUUGAAAGUGAUAAAAAUCAAUUGCAAGACAUUGAGAUAUCAGAAUCGGAUGAAGAAGAGUCUAGUAGUUGUUCGGAGGGGUCUGAAGAAAGGGCUAUUGAAAGAAGAGAAAAAAAGAUUAAGAAAAGAAAGCCUCCAGAAGCAUUUUUUAAAGCUAGAAAACAAUUAAAGAAGGAAAGGGAAGAAAGUAGUGUAAGAAAAUCAUCAUAUAAAGAGAUUAGUAUUGUGCAUCCUGAGUCUAUUCGUCAUAGUUCACGUCCUCAUACAAUUGAGAACAAAAACUUGAUUGAUCAUAGGCUAAGAGAGUCUAAUAAAAGGAGGUCAAGACAGAAUACAUAUGUUAAAAUUAAAGAAAAACAAAUGACACAAGAAGAACGUAUUGCAGAAGCUAAAAUUACAGAGGAAAAGAGCAAGGAAUUGCUUCAGAGGUUGAUUAAGAUGGAAAAAGAAAAGAAAAAAAAUGCAAGGAAUUUAUUAAAAACAAAUAAAACAUUAACAAGUCCAUUUAUUCGAUUUUUAUCAAAAAGUAUUGAUAAAUGUUUGGAUGAGAAAAUAUUUUCUAAAAAAAAGGAAAUAAAUCAAGAUAAAGACGUUGAUAUAGUUAAAAAAAAUAUAGGGGAAACCAUUGAACAUGAUCAUAAUGCAAAUAAUUGGUCAUUAAAUACAUCAGAAGAACUUUCAAAAACUUUAGAGGAAAAUAUAGUUAAAAACAAUAAAGAAACCCUUGAGGGUGAUAAGGAAUUUAUCGAUAAUGAUGAUAAAACAAUAAAUACUACACUUUUUCAGGAAAAUGAUGAUGAAUCAAUUUCUAUUCAUUUUGAUGAUAAACAAUCAAAAAAAAUAUCUAAUAAAAAGACAAUAAUUCCAACCGAAAACUUUUCUGAAUAUAUAUCACGUAAUUACAUCAUAUUGGAAGGCUUUUCAGAGCCUUUUGAUCUAAACAAACAAAAAAAUAUUCUUUUUUCACAUACAGAUCCACCUAUUCAACCAAAAAAAAAUCUUUGUCUAAUUACAGGAAAAGUUGCAAAAUACAAAGAUCCAGUUUCAGGGCUAUAUUAUAGUGAUCUUUCAACAUAUCAAACAAUUUAUCGAAUUAUUCGCGGAGAUAUCCCAUGGAGUCGCAUUGCUUGCACUUUUGUAGCUGCAUUAAAGCCUGCAAAUGGCGUACCUUCUGAUUUUCAUGAUUCUCAACCUUUUCAAGACAAAUAA